ACCCGGCGGCAGUAGCCGUGGCAGCAGCCGCGGCGGCUCCGCGAGCUCGCCGGGUGGGCUCAGUUCAGCGCACGCCGGGGCCGAGCGCAGGGGGCGGGGAAGGGACCUGCUGCAGCUGCAGCCGCCUGGGCGCUCCUGGAGCGCGCGGUGACUCCCCCGGUCGGCCCGCUCCAUGCAGCUCCGUUGCGGAAGUGUAGCGGGGGGAGGCGGCGGCCACCGCGGCACUAAGCACGAGAGGCCGGAGCUCGGCCCCCUGCAGCACUAGGCUCUGGGAGCCGCGCGCGGCGCGUCCCAGUGGCCCGGCUCGCCGUGCGCCCGGCGCCCACCGCAGCCUGCAUGCCCCGCGCUGCGCCUUGCCCGGCCCCCGCCGCCUCCUGCUCGCACCGCUGCAGCCGGGCGCCGGAGUAAUAUGCUCACUCGAGUGAAAUCUGCCGUGGCCAAUUUCAUGGGCGGCAUCAUGGCUGGCAGCUCAGGCUCCGAGCACGGCGGCGGCAGCUGCGGAGGCUCGGACCUGCCCCUGCGUUUCCCCUACGGGCGGCCAGAGUUCCUGGGGCUGUCUCAGGACGAGGUGGAGUGCAGCGCCGACCACAUCGCCCGCCCCAUCCUCAUCCUCAAGGAGACUCGGCGGCUGCCCUGGGCCACUGGCUACGCAGAGGUUAUCAAUGCCGGGAAGAGCACACACAAUGAAGACCAAGCCAGCUGUGAGGUGCUCACUGUGAAGAAGAAGGCAGGGGCUGUGACCUCAACCCCAAACAGGAACUCAUCCAAGAGACGGUCCUCCCUUCCCAAUGGGGAAGGGCUGCAGCUGAAGGAGAACUCGGAAUCUGAGGGUGUUUCCUGCCACUAUUGGUCGCUGUUUGACGGGCACGCGGGGUCCGGGGCCGCGGUGGUGGCGUCACGCCUGCUGCAGCACCACAUCACGGAGCAGCUGCAGGACAUCGUGGACAUCCUGAAGAACUCCGCCGUCCUGCCCCCCACCUGCCUGGGGGAGGAGCCUGAGAACACGCCCGCCAACAGCCGGACUCUAACCCGGGCAGCCUCCCUGCGCGGAGGGGUGGGGGCCCCGGGCUCCCCCAGCACGCCCCCCACGCGCUUCUUUACGGAGAAGAAGAUUCCCCAUGAGUGCCUGGUCAUCGGAGCGCUUGAAAGUGCAUUCAAGGAAAUGGACCUACAGAUAGAACGAGAGAGGAGUUCAUAUAAUAUAUCUGGUGGCUGCACGGCCCUCAUUGUGAUUUGCCUUUUGGGGAAGCUGUAUGUUGCAAAUGCUGGGGAUAGCAGGGCCAUAAUCAUCAGAAAUGGAGAAAUUAUCCCCAUGUCUUCAGAAUUUACCCCCGAGACGGAGCGCCAGCGACUUCAGUACCUGGCAUUCAUGCAGCCUCACUUGCUGGGAAAUGAGUUCACACAUUUGGAGUUUCCAAGGAGAGUACAGAGAAAGGAGCUUGGAAAGAAGAUGCUCUACAGGGACUUUAAUAUGACAGGCUGGGCAUACAAAACCAUUGAGGAUGAGGACUUGAAGUUCCCCCUUAUAUAUGGAGAAGGCAAGAAGGCCCGGGUAAUGGCAACUAUUGGAGUGACCAGGGGACUUGGGGACCAUGACCUGAAGGUGCAUGACUCCAACAUCUACAUUAAACCAUUCCUGUCUUCAGCUCCAGAGCAAGUAUGUCCUGAAGACCUACUGUGGUUUACACUAUAGAAGAUGCUGCUAGACCCACAGAGGAAAUACAAAUUGGGAUUUCUGGGCCUUCAGAAGUUGAAUUUUGGUGGGACAAUAAGAUGACUAACCCCCUGGGUGUUCAUUGUAAGCUGGACAGGGGUAAAUACCCAAUAAGGAAAUGCUUUCUUCGGUUGUGAAUUGAGUGCUAGGCACAGUGCUCUGUUCUGGGUACAAAAACAGGUAGGAUAAGAUGGACCUUAUCCCUUAAGGAGUUGAUCGUCUGUUACAGUUUUUCAAGGUGAGAUUCCCCCCCCCACCACUUGCAUCAGAAUUCCCUGGGGUCCUGUUGAAGUAUGCAGCUCAGAUCUGUACAAUCAAGACUCUUACAGGUAGGAUCUUUGAAUCUUAACUUGGUUAAGGUAGCACUCCAAGUGAUUCUAAACACAUUUAGGUUUGAGAAUAUCUAAUCUUUUAGAAGAGACAGAAAAGUGGGCCCUGAAAGGCUGAUAACAAAGAUGGCAGCGGUGUUUCAGGGCCAGUGUGCUGUUUGUCAGUUGCCUGUCUCCUUUGUUGUGAUCAGAUCAUAAGGAAAGCUUCAGAAGCCUCAUGAGGGGAUGGAACACAUUCACUUUUUGUUCUUCACCUGGUUGCUCUCGCAAAAGCAAUAGUAUUCUGCCAUAUUCCAGGUUCAGAAUCUGCUGAGACAGGAUCAGCCUUGAGAGUCUUCCAGGGUAGAUCAGAUGCUGUGUAUCACUCUCUCUACCUAAAGGACAAGGCACAAAGCUUCAUCUCUGUGGGACAAUCAGUUUUGACGAUUAUUCAUUCAGUGAACCAGGUGUUAAGUUGGGCAUUGAAGAUACAAAGAAGAAGAAAACAGUCCCAACCCUCAUGGUGUUUACAGUCUAGUGUCAGGACAGGGCCAUAAAUCGAUGAUUACAGUUUCGCACAAAACUGACAGACAAAGAUUUACCCACAGUGAAGCAUACAGGUAAAUGUUAUAUUAGUGGGUGUGAAAGGAUUGUGCCUGCAGAGGACCAGGGAAAAGAAAGAUGGCUUCUCUUUGGUCCUCCUUAGGGUUGCUUUGGCAGGAGAGAGUGACACCCACCUUUCUCAGCCCUCCCUUCUUCACCACCAGUCUAACACUGAGUAACAGGAAUCCAAAAGAAGGUUGGGGAGGUGCAAGAAGGGACCCAUGGGAAAUUGACUCGCUCAGAUGGUACCUUCCCAGAGAGGCCCACCAUGACCUCAUCUUCUAAAAUGACUCUAUUGUUCUCCUUACCAUGCUGGAUUUUUCUUCAGAGCAUCUGUCAUCUUCUGACAUUGUAAUUUAUUUGGGUGUCUGUCUCAUCUACUAGUUUAGAAGUUGUGAGAGGCUUUGUCAGUUUUAUUCACUGUGUCCCCAGUGCCUGGAAAACGAGUUGGCACACAGCAAGUAUGCAAUAAAAGCAUACUGAAGGCAGCAGAAAGGCAGGUCCACACAGGUCCCAUUUUUCAGCUGCUCAGAUUAUAUUGUUCUGAAAAACUGCAAGAAUCUCAAGGAUUCGUCUGGCUUUUCUCUCCCUUUCUUGGUGGAUGGGAACCCGGGAAGGAGCCAUUAGAAGGUCUGACCAUGUCCCCCAGUCCCACUUCAAAGCCGUUUCUGUAGCACACUUGUCCCCUCCAGGGCUGCAAAGACUCUUCCAGAUGUCUGAGUCCUGGGGAGCUUCAGAGCCCAUUAGUUUGAUGUGAGGCUUCCAGGAACAUUAAGAAGCUAUUUAAGGAAUUGAACAGGGGAACUUUGAGGAUGUGGGUAUGGUCCGAUUGAGUAAGGCCAACAACAGCUUCAGGGAGGGAAGGUCAGGACUCCGGAGCCCAGUGGAAUCCUUUGAAGCCUUUGCUGCUGGGGAGGAUAAGCACACAGUGGGAUGACUUGCGCGGCAGUCCAAUUCUUCUGAAAACAUUUUUGCAAAAUGUUCUGCAUCACAGGUUAAUGUAUAAGACACGAGUUGUAAGUGGAAAGUUAGCAAAGAUUUUUGGAAAUUGGCUAAAGGGCAGGAAACAGAGGGUGGUUGUAAAAACCUCAAAAGAUGUUAAUUGGGGAGUGCUUCACAGACCAGGGUUGUGACCAGCUUUUUAUUAUUUUCAUACAAAUUACAUGAAGAACGGUCUUGAGAAGGAUUUUCAUGUUGGCUAAUUAAACUACAUUAGGGAGCCGAGCAUAGAAAUGGGAACAGUAGAAUUAGGGAAAGAUUACAUUUAUUGAUGGAAUUGAAGAGUAGCAUUUUAUAACGUGUGUAUGUAUCAACCCACACCCAUUCUGUUGGCCAGAUUUCCAUUUGAGUGUGGACAAGACAACUUCAGCUUGAAUAACACAACCUGUCACAUUUCUUGGGUCAGCAGGAAGCACUUUAAAGAGGGUUUGGCACCCUACUCAUAGGGCAGACUCUGAAAUUAAAUGGAUGUUAUCUGCAGACCUGAACCCUCUCUUUUAGAAGAAGCUGCAAGGCAAAUGGAAUCUCCUGUUUAACUACAAGCAUAAGAUUGGGACAUCCACAUCUCACCACCUCUUAUGACUCAAUAUUGUCUAUCAUAAAGAGUUCAAAUUAUCCCAAAAAUUUAUUGUAGGUAUAACCCAAUAAGAAGCUAGGAAUCGGCCAGGCGCGGUGGCUCAUGCCUGUAAUCCCAGUACUUUGGGAGGCCGAGGUGGGUGGAUCACCUGAGGUCGGGAGUUCGAGACCAGCCUGACCAGCAUGGAGAAACCCCGUCUCUACUAAAAAUACAAAAUUAGCCGGGCGUGGUGGCACAUGCCUGUAAUCCCAGCUACUAGGGAGGCUGAAGCAGGAGAAUCGCUUGAACCUGGGAGGCAGAGGUUGCAGUGAGCCGAGAUCGUGCCAUUGCACUCCAGCCUGGGCAACAAGAGCAAAACUCCGUCUCAAAAAAAAAAAAAAAAAAAAAAAGGAAUCAAUCCCCUAAACACUAUUUUUUUUUUUAAAGACUGUGUCUCACUGUCACCCAGGCUGGAGUGUAAUGGCACAGUCAAGGCUCACCACAGCCUCAAAAUCCUGGGUUCAAGCAAUUCUCCUGCCUCAGCCUCCCAAGUAGCUGGGACGACAGGCGUGCACUGCCAUACCCAGGGUCUCAUUGUUUUCUUUAAUUUUUGUAGAGAUAGGAUCUCACUAUGUUGCCCAGGCUGGUCACGAACUCCUGGCCUCAAGUGAUCCCCCUGCCUUGGCCUCCUAUUAGCAGUGUCUCUCAAAGUUAUUGUAUACUGAAAGUAACAACACAGUGAACCAGUACUUGAAGCUAGGAGCCCAGGGGUGACAUUUACAGUCUGUCAACAGCCCACUCUAAGGAACAGUCUCCACAGUCAUCAUAAAGUCCACUGAGACAUUGAUUCCCUUGUGUACGUACAAAUCUGGCCCAGUAGGAAUCCUCUCUGGCCUUGCUACUCGGGGCCCGGUCUGUGAACCUGCAGCAUUGGCAUCACCUGGGAGGAAGUUGAACCACAGCUCUCAAGCCCACCCAGAACUGAAUUGUAAUCUGGAUUUUAGCAGGAUCCCUAGCUGACUUCUGUGCACAUUAAUAUUUGAGAAGCUCUGCUCUAACACACCGAAGAACCAUGGAAAAUAAAGCAUAGGAGGGUUGCUUGUUUCUGAUACAGUGAAAAUUGGACCACAUUCGUCAGUGACCUGAGGACAGAAUUCUGACAUUUGGGACUUUCUGGUCUGCCGGAAACUGAAGCUUUCAUGUUUUCUUUAAUUUGGCUUAAAAGGCUGAGUGCCUUCUCCGGAACGUAAGUUUAGCCUUAAGUGAGCAUGCCUUUUGGAAAGAAGAUGUUAAACACCAGUGCAGUAUACUCCUGAGUGUUCCUCCCUUGGGCGCAGCUCAUGUGCUGGGCCAUUAGCUAAUUGUUACCUUCUUGUUCACAGGCCACAAAGGCCUGGCGCCUGGUGGCUGCUUUUCAUUUGAUCUCAUUCACCCAGGGCCCUGUGGGUAGACAUUUUGUUGUGUUCUGCUGCUGGGAAUAGACUGUCAGCCCACAGGACCAGCCCCAUGCCAGGGCAUCACUAGCCUGGACAAACCUUUCUAAAACAUAGGAGGCUUGGCUUUCAAAGACCUAAACAGAUUUAGUCUCUAGGCUGAGGUGAUAUGAUUGUCUCUAGAUCUGAGGUGACAUAACAAUGGCUGUGCCAUAGGACAUGUCCCCUGACCCAUCGUUUUCACUCAGACUUGCGUUUAGAAAAUACAGGAAUGGGCUGGGCAUGGUGGCUCAUGCCAGCACUUUGGGAGGCUGAGGCGGGCGGAUCACUUGAAGCUAUGGGUUCCAGACCAGCUGGGACCCAGCUGGUAAAACCCCAUCUCUACUAAAAAUACAAAAAUUAGCUGGGUGUAGUGGCAUGCACCUGUAAUCCCAGCUACUUGGGAGGCUGAGGCGGGAGAAUCGCUUGAACCCUGGAGGCAAAGGUUGCAGUGAGCUGAGAUCACGCCACUGCACUCCAGCCUGGGCAACACAGUGAGAGACUCCGUCUCAUUUAGAAAGAAAGAAAGAAAAUAGAGUAAUAAGGGAGGCUGAAGGAGAUUGAUUAAAUUGACUUGCUUUCCUUCUCAGUUCAUGAGAUGGUAUAGGCAGGGACUGAUUCUGCCAAAUUAGGAGGGAAGAGCAGUGAAACCCCAAACCCCUCUCCACACCUCCCUAUCCCUCCCCACACCUCCCUAUCCCUCCCCACACCUCCCUAUCCCUCCCCACACCUCCCUAUCCCUCCCCACACCUCCCUAUCCCUCCCCACACCUCCCUAUCCCUCCCCACACCUCCCUAUCCCUCCCCACACCUCCCUAUCCCUCCCCACACCUCCCUAUCCCUCCCAACCCACAUUGAAGUAGGAUGGACAUAGAAUUGUGGCCUAGCCCAAGUGAGGCUUGAUUUUUAUUCUUACUAGUUUUGCCUAGGCUGCCUCAUUCUCUUUCCAGAGCUUAGGUGGGUGUUGAAAUAUCCAAGUCAUUUAAGGUACUAGACAUGAGGAAAGACUUAAGUCUGUCAAGACAAAGACAUAGUUUGGAGGUUCAGAGUGAGCAUGUAUCUUCUGUGAGCCUCAGUUGAGGCUCCUGAAACAUGAAGGUAGUGUCAGAGCCCCAUCCUUAUGUGAGAGGAGUUGGCUGCUUGGGCCUCAGAGCAGGUAAUGCAAGAAAGGUUUCAAGUGAGUGCAUUAAAUAGAAUGUCUCCUUACUCCUAGACAAAUACAUGUAGAGCAGCUACUAAGAAUCCUGAAUUGGUUUUAUCUCCCCCACAGACUGAGACCUCCUCUGAAGCAGAAAAAUCAGAUAUUUAACUUUGCAUUUAUAGCACUUGGCACAGGGUAGGCCCUUAAUAAAUGUUUGCUGAAUGAAUACGCAAAGGAAGACAGCAAACAAGCUCACUGCUGAUCUUCUGGCUAGCAUAAAAUCCACUUAUAAAUCAUCAUUCUGACUAUACCUCAGGCAUUACAUUUUCAAUUAAUUUCUUCUAUGUCAAUUACUAAGCCCACCUCUUAGGCUCAUUCACAAAUGUGUAUUAGGCCCCAUGUGUCUAUAUAGCAAGUCUCCAAGGGAGACUAUCCCUGGCCACAAAGCUCGCUGUAUAAUCAAGUACCCUACAAUGCAUAUCUGAAAAACCACUAGGCUGGGCAGGAAAAGGGAAGGGGAAUCAGAAGUCAAUUUGUUAGGGAGAAU